GUGCCAAUAAACAGAGAAGAAGACGACACAACAGCAAGGAAAGCGAAUUUAGCUAACGUUAGCUAGCUAUUGUGUGGCGUUUUUAAUUAUGUAUCGCCAUUUUCUCUAGUUUUCUGUUGCAGACUGUUAGUUUUAAAUAUGUGUGACUUGCCAGUGAGUAGCGAAGUGGAAGAUUCACUUCGUUUUCGGCUGCAGUCACUCCAAGAGUUGACGGAAUGCACAGAGAAGUGUCAGCAACAGCUAAACGGAUUGUUUGAGGCUUUCGGAUGGAGUAAUGAAAUGAACUCCAUUGAGCAGGAUUCCAUGGAAGUGUGCCAGUAUGACCACAACCACCGUGUUCCGAAGAAGAGCAUGGCGAGACACGAAGCGUCCUGCAGGCUAAACAAAAUGGGAUACUCCCGAGAAGAACAGGGAGCCAUGUAUGACACUGCCAUUUGUUAUGAAAAGACCAAAGUGCAUACCUUGGUUAUUGACAAACAUACACAGCAACAGAUCAUUCUUCAGGCGAAGGCAUCAGCACCUAUUGGAAGAACAGAAGGACUGUAUUGCCAAAGUGAGUAUUCUUCGGACCCUCCUGAUGUUCCUCAGAACCACAAGCGAUCGAUCUGUGACUUCACCGUGGCAGACCGACUGGCUCUGUAUGACCAUGUGAUUAGGGAGGCCGGCCAGCCGAAGGCGCUGACAAAACCAGUGGAGAACGAUGACCUCUAUGUUGAUUUGGUGGCCAAACUCAAAAAAGAUGAGGAACAGAAUGGCCCAAAGUCACACCUGGAGGUUCUGGCAGAGAUGAGAGACUACAAGAGACGUCGACAGUCCUACAGAGCCAAGAAUGUCCACAUCACCAAAAAGACUUACACAGAGGUGAUCCGGGAGGUCAUCGAUGUCCACUCGGGUGAGCUGGCCAGAGUGUGGGAAGAAGAGGAGGAGCUCGGAGCGUCCAGACACUCGUCUCACAGGAGGAGGUCUGAGGAGAGACGCUCGGUGUCGGUGGAGUCGCGGAGCUCCCUCUCCUGCUCCCGCCGGAGGCGUCACCGCAGCCCUGAGCGCAGCCCGGACCGGGAACGGGGCAAAGAUCGGGACAGGGAAUGGGACAAAGACAAGGACAAGGACAAGGACAAGGACCGGGACCGGGAACGGGACAAAGAUCAGGACCGGGAUCGGGACAAAGACAAAGACAAGGACAAGGACAAGGACCAGGAACGGGACAAAGGCAAGGACAGGGACCGUGAACGAGACAACGACAGGGACAGGGACCGGGAACAGGUCAAAGACAAACACAAGGACAAACACAAGGACCGGGACCGGGAUGACCGGAAGCAGAGGGAUCUGCACUCUCCAGAAGAGAGACGCCACGAGCGAAAGAAAAGGAAGAGAACUUAGCUUCAGUAUCUGGGGAGCCGUGCAUGUGACCUUCACCCCUGGAACUGAGCACAGGGCUGCAGAGCCACGAUUGUAACGCAUGAUCAAAUGAAAUAUUUACUUUUCCCUGUUGUAGUGUGAUGACAUAUUUCUUCAUUUGAGACCGUUAUCAACAUUUUAGAGAGGGACAAAUGCACACACUCGUAUUUGAAUGAGAGAAAACACUCUAUUUUUAGACUAAGUUCAGUGGCUUAAUGUAUCCAUAACAGGAGAUACAUCUGUGUAUAUUUCCCCAUUCUAGGAAAUCCUGUAACAUUCUUGUUUGCAAAUAAAUAAAUUCAUGAAUUGCAAGACA